AUGUGUGUUAGAUCUUGGAGCGCCGCCAGCACUACGGGCGGCCCCCUGGUCGUGUGGACGACGCCGUCAGCACUACGGGCGCCCCCUGGUCGUGUGGACGACGCCGUCAGCACUACGGGCGCCCCCUGGUCGUGUGGACGACGCCGUCAGCACUACGGGCGCCCCCUGGUCGUGUGGACGACGCCGUCAGCACUACGGGCGCCCCCUGGUCGUGUGGACGACGCCGUCAGCACUACGGGCGCCCCCUGGUCGUGUGGACGACGCCGUCAGCACUAUGGGCGCCCCCUGGUCGUGUGGACGACGCCGUCAGCACUAUGGGCGCCCCCUGGUCGUGUGGACGACGCCGUCAGCACUACGGGCGCCCCCCUGGUCGUGUGUAGCGCCGUCAGCACUACGGGCGCCCCCUGGUCGUGUGGACGACGCCGUCAGCACUACGGGCGGCCCCCUGGUCGUGUGGACGACGCCGUCAGCACUAUGGGCGCCCCUGGUCGUGUGGACGACGCCGUCAGCACUACGGGCGCCCCCCUGGUCGUGUGUAGCGCCGUCAGCACUACGGGCGCCCCUGGUCUGGACGACGCCGUCAGUACGGGCGCCCCCUGGUCGUGUGGACGACGCCGUCAGCACUACGGGCGCCCCCUGGUCGUGUGGACGACGCCGUCAGCACUACGGGCGCCCCUGGUCGUGUGGACGACGCCGUCAGCACUACGGGCGCCCCUGGUCGUGUGGACGACGCCGUCAGCACUACGGGCGCCCCCUGGUCGUGUGGACGACGCCGUCAGCACUACGGGCGCCCCCUGGUCGUGUGGACGACGCCGUCAGCACUACGGGCGCCCCCUGGUCGUGUGGACGACGCCGUCAGCACUACGGGCGCCCCCUGGUCGUGUGGACGACGCCGUCAGCACUACGGGCGCCCCCUGGUCGUGUGGACGACGCCGUCAGCACUACGGGCGCCCCCUGGUCGUGUGGACGACGCCGUCAGCACUACGGGCGCCCCCUGGUCGUGUGGACGACGCCGUCAGCACUACGGGCGCCCCCUGGUCGUGUGGACGACGCCGUCAGCACUACGGGCGCCCCCUGGUCGUGUGGACGACGCCGUCAGCACUACGGGCGCCCCCUGGUCGUGUGGACGACGCCGUCAGCACUACGGGCGCCCCCUGGUCGUGUGGACGACGCCGUCAGCACUACGGGCGCCCCCUGGUCGUGUGGACGACGCCGUCAGCACUACGGGCGCCCCCUGGUCGUGUGGACGACGCCGUCAGCACUACGGGCGCCCCCCUGGUCGUGUGGACGACGCCGUCAGCACUACGGGCGCCCCCUGGUCGUGUGGACGACGCCGUCAGCACUACGGGCGCCCCCCUGGUCGUGUGGACGACGCCGUCAGCACUACGGGCGCCCCCUGGUCGUGUGGACGACGCCGUCAGCACUACGGGCGCCCCCUGGUCGUGUGGACGACGCCGUCAGCACUACGGGCGCCCCCCUGGUCGUGUGGACGACGCCGUCAGCACUACGGGCGCCCCCCUGGUCGUGUGGACGACGCCGUCAGCACUACGGGCGCCCCCUGGUCAUGUGGACGACGCCGUCAGGACUACGGGCGCCCCCUGGUCGUGUGGACGACGCCGUCAGCACUACGGGCGCCCCCCUGGUCGUGUGGACGACGCCGUCAGCACUACGGGCGCCCCCUGGUCGUGUGGACGACGCCGUCAGCACUACGGGCGCCCCCCUGGUCGUGUGGACGACGCCGUCAGCACUACGGGCGCCCCCCUGGUCGUGUGGACGACGCCGUCAGCACUACGGGCGGCCCCCUGGUCGUGUGGACGACGCCGUCACGCCGUCAGCACUACGGGCGGCCCCCUGGUCGUGUGGACGACGCCGUCAGCACUACGGGCGGCCCCCUGGUCGUGUGGACGACGCCGUCAGCACUACGGGCGUCCCCCUGGUCGUGUGGACGACGCCGUCAGCACUACGGGCGGCCCCCUGGUCGUGUGGAGGUCGUGCGGACGACGCCGUCAGCACUACGGGCGCCCCCCUGGUCGUGUGGACGACGCCGUCAGCACUACGGGCGCCCCCCUGGUCGUGUGGACGACGCCGUCAGCACUACGGGCGGCCCCCUGGUCGUGCGGACGACGCCGUCAGCACUACGGGCGCCCCCCUGGUCGUGUGGACGACGCCGUCAGCACUACGGGCGCCCCCCUGGUCGUGUGGACGACGCCGUCAGCACUACGGGCGCCCCCUGGUCGUGUGGACGACGCCGUCAGCACUACGGGCGGCCCCCUGGUCGUGUGGACGACGCCGGAGUGCGUCGUUAUCAAGUGUAUAUACACUGAACUCGCCUCCUGUUUUUCUACUUCCUGCAAACGACUAAAACGAUAUUGUGAAGGCAGCAUUGAUACAACCGUCGACUCAGUGUUGAUGAACCGUGGUCCUGCCAGCAAGGCAAGGCUCUUCUCUCAUCUGGUUGUCCAGACCACUACCGACCAGGUCGUCCAGACCACUACCGACCAGGUCGUCCAGACCACUACCGACCAGGUCGUCCAGACCACUACCGACCAAGUCGUCCAGAAUACUAGUGACCAAGUCGUCCAGACCACUACCGACCAGGUCGUCCAGACCACUACCGACCAGGUCGUCCAGACCACUACCGACCAAGUCGUCCAGAAUACUAGUGACCAGGUCGUCCAGACCACUACCGACCAGGUCGUCCAGACCACUACCGACCAGGUCAUCCAGACCACUACCGACCAAGUCGUCCAGAAUACUAGUGACCAGGUCGUCCAGACCACUACCGACCAGGUCGUCCAGAACACUACCGACCAGGUCGUCCAGACCACACUAGGCGAGCCACUCAGGUUACAUUACCUGGAAAUAAAUGCUGCCUCUACUCAAGAGGACGAAAGUCGAUGCAACUCUGCAGCACAACACCUGCACACCUGCAAUCUAUUGUGA